AGUUUACAUUUCAGUGCAAACCUGUAAAUAGACUAACAUGAAGUGCGCGGUGGCAUUAGUACUGGCCCUGAUCGGCAUGGUGGUCGCCAACCCUGUCCCACCACUGGGACUGGGCCUCGCCUCUCCCGUCUUGCUGCCAUCGUACUCUGUAAGCUCCAGCGUCAUCAACCACGGUGUGACGAUCCCUCGCGUUGUGGUGUCCGCGCCGGUCGUGCGCCACGUGGUAUCUGCCCCCAUUGUCACCGCUCCCAUCAUCCGCACUCCUGUCAUCGCUGCUCCCGUCAGUGUGGGCUGGGGAGGGCUCGGCUGGGGCUCGUCCCUCGGCGGGUGGACCGGCUAUGGCUGGGGCUCAGGCUGGGGCAAAGGAUGGCAUUAAGCAAUAGACACGAAAUUGUUUUCCUUAAAAUAAACCCUCGUUCUAUUAAAGUCAUGUGUACCUAAAACUAUAAUGCCUUGUUCGUAUUGUAUAUAGUAUUCUGUUUAUAGUUAUCGUGUAAAUAAUGUAAUAAAAUAUUUCUAUAAGCUA